AAUCUAUGAAUAUGUAUUAUCUAUGCUGUUUAUUAGGAAUUUAGGAACAAUGUUUAAUUCUAAAAAUAUUAAAAAGUGUAACGUUUAACCGCAUAACAAUUACAAAUAUAAAUUUUGAAAUGCUACAAAAGGUCCGUUUAUCGUCUGAUGUUGCUUUGGUCUGUAUGCAACAUGCGUUGUCGACAGAGAAAGAAGAAAUCAUGGGCUUACUUAUAGGCGAGGUUCAUGAUAAUGGUGCACUUGUUUCAAUAGUGUCAUCAGUAAUACUUCGCCGUUUGGAUAAAAAACCUGACCGUGUUGAAAUAUCAGAAGAACAACUGGUUCAAGCAACUGUUAGAGCUGAAGAAUUAGCUGCAGAAGUUGGCCAACCUCUUAGAGUUGUUGGAUGGUACCAUUCGCAUCCUCAUAUAACAGUGUGGCCAUCCCAUGUUGAUUUGGCUACUCAAUCAAUGUAUCAAAGGAUGGAUGCUAGUUUUGUUGGAAUUAUUUUUGCAGUAUUUCUUACAGACCAAUCAACAAAGGCCCCUUCAGUUCAAAUUACUUGUUUUCAAUCAAUUAAUGAAGGAGCUAGUCAAAGUCGGAUUGAAAUAGAAAUGGAAAUUGUAACUAACACUGAUUCUUUGUUAACAAACAAUUUCGAGACACUAACUCAGCUUCCAACAAUUUUAAAAGAGGAAGAAGAUGAAGCCUUUAAUAAUGAAAUUAGUUAUGAUGAUACUGAUGACAUUGUCACUAAGCAACAUAAUGCUGCAGUAAGGACUAUUGCUAUUGGCCACAUUGUUGAUAAGAUGUCCCGACCAAUGCUAGAAGGUUUAGUGGCCAGAAAUUUAUUAAACAGUAUACGCUUAAAAGCAUUGAAGAAACAGCAUCAGCAGAUGAUGUCUAAAUUAGAAAAUAUGACAUGCUUGACCUAAACUUGUUUCAAAGAUUAAGUAAACCAAUUAAUAACUAA